UUGAGUGGAGCACCGCCCAUUCCUCCGGACAUUAAAAAAAGAGAGGUCAAGGGUGAGAGGUCACUAACGAGAACGGCGCGAGGCGCAAGGCGUUUGAGGGAUGGCGAAGCACCAUCCGGAUUUGAUCUUUUGCCGCAAGCAGGCGGGAGUAGCUAUUGGACGGUUGUGUGAAAAAUGUGAUGGCAAGUGUGUUAUCUGUGAUUCUUAUGUGCGGCCCUGCACAUUGGUGCGAAUAUGUGACGAGUGUAACUAUGGCUCUUACCAAGGGCGCUGCGUAAUAUGUGGAGGUCCUGGAGUCUCUGAUGCCUAUUAUUGUAAAGAAUGUACCAUCCAGGAGAAAGACAGAGAUGGCUGUCCCAAGAUUGUCAACCUGGGCAGUUCAAAAACAGAUCUCUUCUAUGAGCGAAAGAAAUACGGCUUCAAGAAAAGGUGAUCUAAUCUCCACUGCAGUGCAAUUGCUGGAGAUGGGAAGGCUUCCUAAAAUAUAUUUGGACUACAUUUUUACUGGAAAGCAGUUAAUUUUGUUUUGUUCUUAGUACAUCUUAUUUGUUGGAAGACUAGUACCUACAUCCAAACUUGGUGGUUAUUGGUUUUCUUGCUUUUUCUUAGUAUUAGCUAAUGUUACGGAGUGAAACAACUAUCAUUGCCUCAAAGGAAGGAAGUUAAAAUUUCAGCUGCUGUAACUCCCAAGCCAUGCCUUUACUUACAAGCAACUUUCCUUUAUUUUGUCUGAUGCCUUUUGCUAUGAGCUCUGACCAUUCCUAUGAUUUCUUCUGAAGCAACAACUAGUCUAUGUUCCCUGUAAUUGUGAAUUAUGGCUCAAUAAAGUUUUAUAGUAGUCUUUUGGUGGAA